UUCAUCCAGUAAUGUUUGCUGUUCUGCCUGCUUCCAGGAAUGAGUCUGUGACAACUGUCUUUCCAGCGUUGGGUGUGUGUUCUCUCUGUCUGCUUCAGCUGUGUUUGCCGUCUCAGCAGCAGCAGACAAUUAUCACUCUUUGAAACAUACCCCCCCACACACACACACACAAACUCUGGAUGGCAGGGGAGUGUGUGCCCUGUGAGGGUCCUGACCCGAAAGAGAUGGGCGAGGAGGAACUGUGGGAACUGAUCAACGACAACCGCCACCGGAUCUCCUUGGGGGUGCGACCGUGCAUCCUGAUCCCGUACCUGAGGCAGGCCAGGGUGCUCACUGAGAUGGAUGAGGACGAGAUCCUGUCCUGCCACAACCUCACCAACCGCUGCAUGAGAACCAGCUACAUGCUAGAUCUGCUGAGGACUCAGGGGAGGAACGGUGCUGUGGCUUUGCUGGAUGGCCUUAUGAUCCACUACCCAACCCUGUACACCCAAGUCACGGGACGCAAACCCAGCACUGAGCCCUCAAGAUUCAGCGGCUUGAUAAAGUACUCAGAGCUGACAGAGUAUCUGGUGAGAGCAGUAACAGGGAUGCAGAAGGAGCUACAGGAGGCACAACGUGAAGCCAGCAGAGUGACUGCACGCUGCACCACCCUGGAGUCAGAGAUUGGACAGAUAAUGGAGCAGGAGGAGAAGUCCAGGUGCCUUCAGGCUGAAAAUGAACGCAUGCGGAGACAUUUGUGUUCUUUGCAACGAGAAGUCACCAAGCUGAAGGAUGAAAAGUGUGACUUGUAUAUGCGCUACACUGCGGCCAUUGAGGAUAAGUCAGCUGUGAACAAGCGCCUCCAUGACCUCAACCUGCAGCAGGUGUACCAGCUGCAAACUGAGCUGCAGAAAGCCCAAAUAGAGAAUGAGUUCCAGAGGAAGCACUCACUCAAGUGUGCCUCUCUUGCUGAGAUGCCACAACUGCAGGAGGAAGUCCAACUGCGCUACCAGCUAGUGAAAACAGAACAACUGGACCCAGCUCAUCAGGACAUCCUGGCCCACGACCUGGCUGAGGCCAUAGACAGCCAAGUGGAACUUGCAGAGCAGCUCAGGUGCUACAGGGAGGAGAAUGAACAGCUGCUCAAAGAGAAACAAGGGCUCAUGGAUCAGAAGGAGUGCCUGAGCCUUCAGGUGCAGCAGCUAACCCUGGACUGUAACAUGCUGCAGCAGAAGAGCACUGUGGUCCACAAUCAGAUGAGGGAGCUGCAGGCAGAGAGAGACCAGGCGUACCUGUCCAGAGAUGAGGCCCAGACCAUGAUUGCCCGCGUCCUGGCUGAGAAGGACACCCUGAGGUGCCAGCUGGUGGAGCUCCAGGAGAGGGUCUUCAGCCCGAAGGCCAAAUGCAGCCCCAGAGAGCAACGCCAGAGCUCUGAUGAGACAGAGGGCGGCUGGGAAAGCCUUAGGUCCAGCUCUGACGAAUCUUCAUCACCAAAUAGACGCAGACUUCGCCGCAUGGAUGCAGUGAAUCCCAUGUCCCUGAGCUCCUGCCCAUCAGAGGGUGAAGAUGCUGUAGCAAGCAGUAUCCGAUCCCGAAAUGCAGAGCCACCCAGUUCAGAUUCCCUUCGCAGAAGGGAGAAAGCUCUAUAUGAAGACAGCAGUUUGGAAACAGCAGAGACUGAUUCUCUAUUGGAUGACUUUGUGUUCCUCCCCAAUUUUGGGAGUGGAGACAUGCAGACUCCCAGGCUAUGCCCUUCUAAAGGCUCCACCUCUGACAGCCUGUCCAGAACAUCACCCCCUCCUUUCCUGAUGCGUUCCCGUCCCAAAGCUAUUCGCAUCAACGGCCGUGUUCUCAGCAUCUCCCUCCAGGGGGAGGCGCUGCUCAGCCAGCUGGCACUGGUGGGGGGGAAUAAGACAGGAGUGUUUGUUCACCAGGUGACAGAGGGGAGCCCUGCCCAUACUGUUGGCAUUGGCCCUGGGGCACAGAUAGUGGAGGUGAAGUAUGAGCAGAACCAGAAGGCUCUAAGGAUGGUGCUGGAGGAUUCCACUUUAGAGGAAGCCAUGUGGGCUCUUGGACAGGUUACGGGCCUCUGCCACCUCUCCCUGCGUCCCAGGCAAGAUGACUAUGAGGCGCUGCUGAAGCAGCUGCAGAACAGUGAGAUAUCAUCAGGAGAUUCCUUCUAUGUGCGUGUCAACCUUUCUCUGCCUGUUGGCCCCAACGCAACCCUGGCUGUGUCCUGUAACGACAUCCUACAUGUGACCAACACACGGCCCGCUGGCACUGAGGACUCAUGGCACGCAAGCCAAGUGCACCCCUGUCAGCUACUAGACCUCCAGAGUGGAACUGUACCUAACUAUUACAGGGCACAGCGACUUCUGAUUCGAGUAAUUGAGGACAUGAGCUUUCAAACAAAGAAGUGUCAGAAGGCUGGUCGUGUGGGAGCACAAAAUAAAGAGAAGGCAGUGAGGAUUGUGAGCACCGGGCGCCACGGCAGGAACCCGCUGUGGGUCAGUGUGGAGAAUGAAAAGACCAAGAACACAGAGUCAAGUGAUACAUUUGCACCCAAAAGUUGUGUAACCCUCAUGCCCUACACCCUGGUCACACCCCGCUACCCACCCAUCUGCAGACCCGUCCUGUUGCUGCCCACCAUCCUGGGACGCAUUCUAGACAAGAAGCUGGCAGGGUGGCAGGGCUUUCAGCUCUGUGAACAUGAGGUGCUGAGCCCCUGUGAGCACGCAGCCCGGCUACAGAGGUCUGAGAUCCUGGAGGAAUGCGAGCAGGGAAGAAACUGCUGCUACACCCUGCAAAGUGUCGAGAAAGUCAUGAAGAAGGGGAUUCACUGUGUGCUGCCGUUGGGCCUGGACUGUGUGCGUCGGCUACACCGGGCCGAGAUCUUCCCUAUUAUCAUCUUUAUCAGCCAGUCUGCACGGAGUGCACGUAAACUGAAGUCAAAGCUGCAGCGCCAUGGGCAGUCUGAGGAGCAGCUACUGGCGUGUUCAAGGAGCGAGGAGCCGCUGCUAGACAAGCUGCCGUGUCUGUAUCACAGCGUGGCUCCUGACUCCUGGUGUGACCAGACCUCCCUGCUGACCAGCCUGCGCACGAUCAUCUGGGAAGAGCAGAAGAAGAUUGUCUGGGUGGAGCCUGACCUGUGGUGAAAGACAGAGUAGAAAGGAAAAGAAUCUUAGAAAAGACAGAAAAUCUGUUUUCUCGCUUUUUUGUUAUGAUAUUAGAGAGAACAUAUUAAUAUGACAAACUUUACAAGAGAUCUUUUUGUAAACAUGAGUAUGUAUCUGUGAUACUUCUGAAUAACUGGGUGACUUGACUUUCAUAAUGUGAUACAGGAAAAUACAUUUAAAGAGUGUAUGUAGCUGUAUCAUUAUUUACUAUACCCAAAACAUCUUCUAGAAUGCGUUGCCUCCUGUUUUGAGGCUCUCGUUUAAAACAAACACAAGUGUGAACACAAACACUGAUAAAAACAUACUGUAAUGACUUGUAUGUACUGUGUCUCUACAAUAUGUUGUAGAUCAUUUCCCACUAUGAGGGAUUUCCUUUUAAAUAAAUAUUUCCAGCCUUU